ACCGGAACGUUACCGUGCGACUUUUGACAAAGACGAAACAAAACGUUGGCAGAUAGAUGUGCCCUAUGAAAUAAGCGACGGUAUUGGUGAUCUACAGGAACUUGAGAUUCGACGGUCAAUUUCUAUUUGGGAGCAGUACUCAUGCCUUAAUUUCUAUGGUAACAAGCAGGUGUACAACAGAUUAGUGUUUCAGCUUGGAGAAGAUAACUUUUGUGGAUCAGAUGUUGGGAUGAAACAAGGACCACAAAUUAUUUACCUUGGGAAAAACUGCUUUGAGCCGGAGAUAAUUGUUCAUGAGAUAGGACACGCACUUGGAUUCUACCAUGAACAUAACCGUUGGGAUAGAGAUAAUUUCAUUAAGAUACACUUUGAAAAUAUUAACCCUGGAUAUAAUGAAUCGUUUAUUAAAAGGAAACCAGAGAAUGCAGAUUUCGAUCAUGAUUAUGAUUAUUUGAGUAUUAUGCACUACGGACAGUAUUUUUUCUCAAAGAAUGCAUCAGCAAAACUUAUCACAAUAGAGACGAUAAAUCCUAACUUUCAAUCUAGAAUAGGAAAGGUCAAGCUUCCGAGCUUUCAAGAUUAUAAAACUUUGAAUGAUAUGUAUAAAUGUAAAGAUGUGUGUGCUAAAGUUGAAUGUCCAGAAGGUGGGUUUCUUGGAAAACAUUGUCAAUGUUACUGUAAAGGAAAUCCCGAUGGCUCACCUGUUAGACUUUGUUUUCAAAGAGAGGAGUGUCCAAAACCAUUUGUUAAUAAAUACUUAUUUGAUGUGAUGAACAAAGACAACACAAGCUUAAUCAAUAUGACCCGGGCAUCGUUUCCUGACAAGACAAUUUUAAAUCUGUUCCCAACCAAUUGGAACUGUACAAUAGCUUCUCAGUUAAGAUGUGAGGAAGGUAAAUGGACACAGACAAAUGCAGAAUGUCCAGUUGCACUCGACAUUAAGAUGAUAGAUGAAACAGAAGGUGUUGUUGAAGUUAAAUUAAAUGACGUACAUCGAGGUUAUAUCUGUGAUGACGAUUGGGAUGAUAAUGAUGCAACUGUUGCUUGUAAAAUGCUCGGAUAUACAAAUGGUUGGGCUAACUUUCAAAAACCUCAAGAAGUUAACAAAUCUUUACCAAUACUUCUGGACAACGUUCAGUGUAGGGGCGAAGAACUAUCUCUUGCUGAUUGCAAACACAAUGGCUGGGGUAGUCAUGACUGUGAAUAUUCCGAAGUCGUUUCAGUUAAAUGUUUCAACGAUUCCUAUACCAAUUAUAUAGACAAAACACAUUGUGGUAAAAUUCAAUUAAACGAUUCAAAGAGAAAGAAACGGCAACUUAAAAUUACUGGUGGCUUUGAGACAAUGAUGGGAAUGCAUCCGUGGCAAGUGGAAAUUCAACGAAAGAAGCGAGGAUGGAUUCAUUGGUGUGGUGGUACAAUUAUUAAUAACGAGUGGAUAUUGAGUGCUGCACAUUGUUUUGACGACUUAAUAGGAAACUACGAUGGUUUGAAUGCAAAACUAAAUUUCAAGGACGUACGAGUUAUUGUUGGAGACCAUGAUCUUACUAUACAUGAUGAAUAUGAAGAAAUGUUUCAUAUUGAAUAUAUUGUCAAACACUGGAAUUACAGUGAAUUCGAAAGAAAUUACUCUAACAAUGAUAUCGCGUUACUGAAAAUAAAAUCAACCAGUGGAAUUUCCUUCAAUGAUUAUAUACAGCCAGCUUGUUUGCCUGAAGAAUUCACUCAGCUUUUAUCUGAACCUAAAUGUGAAGUUUCGGGAUGGGGCACGGAGGGAGAACUUGGUACAAAAACUGAUACAUUAAGGGCAGCAGAGGUAAUGAUCAUCCCAGAGAAAGAUUGUCAUAGAUACUACAACAAAUAUCCUAUUAACUUUAAAAAGGUAAUAUGUGCUGGAGAUGGAAGUGCUGAUACUUGUCAGGGGGACUCAGGUGGUCCUCUCAUUUGUGAAAUCAACGGCCAGAGUACGAUAAUAGGAAUAACAUCUUGGGGUAAAGGUUGUAGUCAACAUGAAGCUCCUGGUGUCUACACAAAGGUAUCAGAAUAUGUCAGAUGGAUAAAUUAUCAAAUUUCUAACCACCGUUUAGAAGAAGUAACGAUGAUGUGUUCUCAGCUUCAACCUUUCCGGGAUUCAAUUUUUCGAUAUUAUUACAAUGUUGAGACAAAACGUUGUGAGGAAAUCAAAUACAGCGGUUGUGAUGGAAACAAGAAUUUCUAUGAAACCGAGGUGUCUUGUCGCCGGCAGUGCCGGGCCGAGUUACCAAAAGCCACCAACAUCAGGAAUGAAGCCAGAGCUAGAC